AUGUCUUCAGCACUGGCAAGAGGGCCAUCCGCCCAAGCCACAGAAAGCAAACCGAAAGCCGCCAUAUCCGCGGUCCCGACAUUCGACAAUGCCCUGGCCAAGGGUGUCUCUUUCGGCCGAGUCGCCGUCCUGCUCGGGCUGCUGGCGGCCCGCUUCGAGCAUCUGGUAGCACAGCCGGUGCUGACGCUGCAGUCUGCGCUGCCCGUUGUCGCUGUGAUUCAGGUCGCGUACGUGGUGCUGUGCUUGCCAGCGGCGGGCUCUCAACAGGCGAAAGCGGCCAAGAAGACUCGUCCUGGCGAGAAGAAGAAGCCGGAGACGGCCGGGACGAGCUCGGUGGUGACUGCGAUCCUUGCCUUGAUCCUCGCCGCGAUAUCCACUCCUGUCGUUCAUGCGCUCUUCAUCCUCUUCGGCGCGCCAUUCAUCGAUCAUGUCCCUCACACGUUUCUCUGCGCGGCGCAUUUCUCUCUGCUUGGCGUCUUCCCCGUCAUCUACGCACGCGGGCUGGACAGCCAAGCUCUGGUUGCCGUGGCUGGACUGACUGCGCCUCUCGACGAGACUCUUGGCGGGCUGUUGGGCGCGGUUCUUGGCGCAUGGCUGGGCGCGGUACCUAUCCCGCUCGACUGGGAUCGUGACUGGCAGAGGUGGCCUGUCACGGUUGUCUGUGGCUUGUACGCAGGCUCAUGUCUGGGCAGCUGGUUGUCGGGCGUGGUGUUUUACGGCAAGCGGCUGGGAGGAGCUGCGUCGACCACAAAGGAGGAGUGA